CAUAUCAAAAAGGUUGCCAACCCCUGCUAUAGACUAUGUUCGAGUAUACCUUAAUAAUCUUUUAUAUUGUGUAAUAUUGUGUAUUUCACUGAAUUUAGAUAAAUUGUAGAGACUUGGAUUUGGACUUUCUUCUGUUGAACGGUGUCAGAAAAUCUUUUUUACAUUGCCUGCGUGAUUUAGUGGUUUAAAAUAAUGAAUUAAAGAAUACACGAGGCCAAGGAACAUUUAUGUGACCUUUGGCAUAAAAGACCUUGUCUGUAGGGUGUGUGCCCAAGCUGUCUGUGAGAACUACAAGCAUCAUCCCUCCUUACUGGCAUUGCAGGAUGAUGAUGCUGCAUAGCAUAGCUGUCCAAUAAAGUUUUAAGAGGCCAAAGGGCAGAAAAUGUUGCCGCUUUCACAAUUCACAUUUCAGAAUGAUUCUCUUUUUAUAUGCAUGCGCUUCUGAACACUGACCCCAUAAAAACAUUAAGUAUUGGUUAAUUUUUGAUUUUUUUUUCAGCAGAUUUUUCCCCUCCCAAUUGUAUCCGGCUGUAGCAGGGUGGACAUAAAGAGCGGUGAGCUGGGCAGUUCUUGCCACUGUUGGCCAUCAUCUUCUUGGAUAUCGGAGAAGGAGAAACUGGAGAAGUUUCGUGGAAUCUUAAGAACUACCAAGCCCUGAGGGAAACUCUCAUCUAGUCUUCUCUUUUCUAAUUGACAGCCACCGAUUAUCCUCUUCUUCAACCGUUACAUUGUCCAAAAUGUCCAUGUUAAAGGCCACAACUGUGCCUGCUGCCUGUGCCCCACUCUCCACAGUGUGCUCGGGCGAAAACUGCCUCGUUCCUCCCAGCAACUUCAACGAGACGCUGGGCCUGGUACUGAGCACCGUGCUCACUGUAAUGCUCGCUAUGGUCAUGUUCUCCAUGGGCUGCACCGUGGAGGUCAAAAAGCUGUGGGGCCACAUCAAGAAACCCUGGGGCAUCCUCAUUGGCUUCCUGUGCCAGUUUGGAAUCAUGCCUUUCACAGCCUUCGCCCUGUCGCUGGCCUUCGGUGUGCUGCCAGUGCAGGCUGUGGUCAUUAUCAUUAUGGGCUGCUGUCCUGGAGGCACCGGCUCCAACAUCAUCUGCUACUGGCUGGAUGGAGACAUGGACCUAAGUAUCAGUAUGACAGCCUGCUCCUCUAUCCUGGCCUUGGGGAUGAUGCCUCUCUGCCUGCUCAUUUACACCACCACCUGGACUUCCUCCGACACCAUCGAGAUCCCAUAUGACAGCAUUGGUAUCACUCUGGUGGCCCUUCUUAUCCCAAUUGGUGCUGGGAUUUUGGUUAAACGCAGGUGGCCCCACCUAGCAAAAAAGAUCCUCAAGGUAGGUUCCAUUGCAGGCUUCGCUCUCAUUGUCAUCAUAGCUGUGGUUGGAGGAAUUCUCUACCAGUCCUCCUGGAACAUUGCUCCCGCCCUGUGGAUUAUUGGAACUGUCUUCCCCUUCAUUGGUUUCGGCCUGGGGUUCUUCUCGGCCCGCUUUGCGGGUCAACCCUGGUACAGAUGUCGAACCAUCGCAUUGGAGACGGGUUUCCAGAACUCGCAGCUGUGCAGCACCAUUGUCCAGCUGUCCUUCAGCCCUGCUGAGUUGGAAGUCAUGUUCGCAUUCCCGCUCAUCUACAGCAUCUUCCAGCUGGUGGUGGCAGUCAUAUGUGUGGGAGCCUACCAGAUGUAUAAAAAGAGAUGUGGCGGUGGUUCAGCUGAUGCAGACAGUGAGGCUCCAUCCCUGGAAGCUGGCGACAGUGACUCAGCAAAAAAAAACGGACACGCUGUGGACAACAGUGCCUUUGAGUUUGAUAACGAUGGCCACAGCGGAGAGAAGGAGAAGGACGUCAAAAAGAUCACCCAGCUGUGAGAUCAUAGACCUGCAAAUCACAGACUCUGGACUGAUCCGUAUGUCAGCACUGCUGCAGACAGCAGCCGAACACACACACACUGUGAACACACACUGCACUCUGCAGGCCGGAGCUGUACACCACAGCUCCUGUUCCAAAACAUUUUGCAAGAACCGGGAAGCCCGAGUGUCUUCCCUAGUGUGGCCCACAAUUAACUUCAAGGGGGAGCAAUGACUGAUACACUGAAUUAUAUUGUGUUGAAUUGCAUUGUAUGAAUAUACAAGACCCUCCUUUGACUUAAUUUAUUCAUAUAUUAUCUAUAUUUCUGUCAGAAAGCCUGUUGUGUCUUUACAUGUCUGAUUCAAACUUGGGGCUGGGUAUCAUUCGGGAAAAUUCCGAUACCUAAUACCGAUUAAUUCUGUCCUGAGUUUUAACUUAAUAAUCCAAAGUUAAAAAAGACUUAAGGUCAUAAAACUCCAUUUAGAUUUAGCAAUUUGAUGAUGCAUCCACCUUAAUUACUAAAAAGUAUCUGUAUCGUAUCGGCGAUACUGGCCCUGUAUUUACUUGGUAUUGGAUCGAUACCAAAUAUUGCAGUAUUGCACACCACCAGUAAGCGGGCAUUUGGUAACUUAAGAAGUAAUAUGGCUUUGUGUGCUCUGAGGAAUUUGGCAUGCAGUUAACACACCAGUCCUAAUUUAACUCCUGGUGUUCUUCACCACUGUUUUGGAAGAAGGCGAACUAUGGCUUUUAAAGAUUUCUUUAAGGGCUGUGUAGUGGAUAGAGACUUUAAAGUAGUACACAACUUCUUUAAAAUGUUAAAUGAAUCAUCAUUCAUGUAACAUUCAUCAUUUAUCUGGUAAGCUCAGAGUUGUGUCACAUGAGAGACAAUGUUUCGCAGUCAUGAAAGCCACUAACAGAGCAUAAUGCUUUUAUGUUUAAAAGAAAAGGUUAUUCUGAUGUAGCAGAUGAAAUCAGUGGUUACUACGGACCACCUUUGGCCCUUGGGCCCAGAUGCAAACUUCUGCUCUGUGUUCUCUGCUCAUUCAGUUCCUUUAACUUCUUCUAUGCCUCUUUUAGACUACAGUAGUCAAUACAUAGAGUAGGAGGGUGGGAUCGGGUGCAGCUGGCUUUUUGAAAUGCAUGAGCUUGUGGUUUUACAUGUCCAUCCAAACUGAAGAAACAGGGAUAGAUAGUAUAUCCCAGUAUAUUUAUGAAACAUAUUCACAGCUAAUAUGUUAGUCCAUGUAUGUACAUCAACAAAAUAUUUUACAAAACUCUUUGCUUUCCUAUUUACCAGUAUGUGUAAGUCAAGAAACGUGCCUUCUGAAAUGAUGUUUUUAUCAAAACACUUUUACAUUGUUGUUGUCUAUUUUGUUGUAAGAUUCAUGUUUUUAUGUAAAUAUGUGAACUAUUCAGCUCAAUAAACAUAUUCAUAUUUGUUAACUUA